CAAAGAGCUUCGGCAGCUGCCGAAGUGGUACACACUGGCAGUGGCCCCCAACCCUUGGUGAAGAUUGGCCAUUAUUUGUUGGGUGCCACCUUGGGUACGGGUACCUUUGGCAAGGUCAAAAUCGGUGAACAUCAAAUGACCAAACACAAGGUGGCUGUGAAGAUAUUGAAUAGACAAAAAAUCAAGUCGCUCGAUGUUGUAGGCAAAAUCCGCAGAGAGAUACAAAAUCUGAAACUCUUCCGGCAUCCUCACAUUAUUAAGCUGUAUCAGGUUAUCUCCACACCCACGGAUAUCUUUAUGAUUAUGGAAUAUGUCAGUGGCGGGGAGCUGUUCGAUUAUAUUGUCAAACAUGGCAAGUUGCAGGAACAUGAGGCCAGGCGAUUUUUCCAACAAAUUAUAUCCGGUGUAGACUAUUGUCAUCGCCACAUGAUUGUACAUCGUGAUUUAAAACCGGAGAAUCUGCUGCUCGAUCAUAAUCGCCAUGUCAAGAUUGCCGAUUUUGGUUUGUCCAAUAUGAUGUUGGAUGGUGAGUUUCUGAGGACAUCGUGUGGCUCUCCCAAUUAUGCCGCUCCGGAAGUUAUUUCGGGAAAGCUGUAUGCCGGUCCUGAGGUGGACAUAUGGUCAUGUGGUGUAAUUCUAUAUGCCCUGUUGUGCGGUACAUUGCCCUUUGACGAUGAACAUGUGCCAACAUUGUUCCGCAAGAUAAAAUCGGGUAUCUUCCCCAUACCGGAAUAUUUGAAUAAACAAGUGGUGAAUUUGGUGUGUCAAAUGUUGCAGGUGGAUCCGCUGAAGAGAGCCACCAUUGAAGAGAUUAAAAAACAUGAAUGGUUCCAAAAGGAUUUGCCUUCGUAUUUAUUCCCCUCGUCCAUUGAACAGGAUUCCAAUGUAAUUGAUACGUAUGCCGUGUCGGAGGUUUGCUCCAAAUUCGGUGUCAAGGAACAGGAGGUCCAUAACGCCCUGUUGAGUGGUGAUCCCCAUGACCAACUGGCCAUUGCCUAUCAUUUGAUAAUUGACAACAAGCGUUUUGCUGAUGAGGCUGCCAAAACGGAAAUAAACAACUUCUUUGUGGCUGGGUCACCACCCCCCGCCGCCCAUUCACCAAAUGAACCACAAGAUCCCACUUUUGGUGGUGGUUCUUCGUCGGGUACCUCUACACCGGGCAGAACAUCCCUUACACCAUCCAUGAAACCCCAUCCUGAACGUAUUGCCCCAUUGCGUGAACGUCAAUUAGCCAUGGCUGUACAGGCCCAAGGUGGUGGUGCCUUUCCUGAAAAAGCGGCCCGAGGCACUCCCAUUAAACGUGCCAAAUGGCAUUUGGGUAUUCGCUCGCAGAGUAAACCCAACGAUAUUAUGUUGGAGGUAUAUCGUGCCAUGAAAGCCCUUGACUAUGAAUGGAAAAUCAUUAAUCCCUAUCAUGUGCGGGUGCGCCGUCAAAAUCUGAAAAAUGGUACCUAUUCGAAAAUGUCAUUGCAGCUAUAUCAGGUGGAUGCCAAAAGUUAUCUGCUCGAUUUUAAAUCCCUUACCAACGAUGAGGUGGAACAGGGUGAUGAUGUGAUUUUGGAGAGUUUGACACCACCCCCGUUGAGUCAUUCAGGGGUAAUGCCGCCACAGCCAACUGGUCAUCAUACAAUGGAAUUUUUUGAAAUGUGUGCUGCUUUAAUUAUACAAUUGGCUCGUUAGGGA